AGAAAACUGGGGUGUGUUAUUGGCGAAUUGUCGUCGUGUGGGGGUUCCCAGAUAGUUUUUGCCGUGUGCAGCACAAAGGCAGGCAAACAGCAAGAGGGCCUUUUACUCCCCACCCAGUCAGCUGCACGUGAAUCCCACCUCCACACAGCGCCUCAGAAUGCCGCCCAAGGUUGAUGUUAAGAGACUGCAGGCUGCCCGCCUCGGUGGCAAGGGCACCCCCCGCCGCAAGAAGAAGCGCGUUCACAAGUCCACUGUCACGGACGACAAGAAGCUCAUGGGCACGCUCAAGAAGCUCGGUGUCAACCCCAUCCCCGGUGUUGAGGAGGUCAACAUGAUCCGUACCGACGGCAAGGUCAUCCACUUUGACAAGCCCAAGGUGCAGGCCGCCAUUGCUGCCAACACCUUCAGCAUCUCCGGAAACUCACAGGUCAAGCCGCUCAGCGAGCUGCUCCCGGGCAUCCUGCCCCAGCUCGGCCCCGAGAGCCUGGCUCACCUCAAGACGGCUGCCAGCAGCCUCGGACUUGACAGCAAGGGUGGCAAGGCAGCAGAAGCUGCUGUUGCUGAGACGAACAUGGAGGAUGUUGAUGGCGAUGAUGAUGAUGUUCCCGACCUCGUUGAGGGCGAGAGCUUCGAGACUGCAGCAAGCAAGUAAACGUGACCCGCCUCUGCUUUUGUUAGGGUGAGAACCGUGUGUGCUGACGCCUCUGCCCAUGGUGCUGUCGGGGAUAUGCCGCGUGUGCGGUGCAAUGGCGCUGGUCGACGGUGCUGUUUGUGACGUUCAUUGCGUUGUGUUGAGGCAGCACUCCCAUGGCAGUCGCUCUCGUCUCCUUUCUUCUCUCUCUUUCUUUCUUGUUCCCACUUCAUGUGUACGUUUGUGGCUGAUUGGUCGGUGUAUGCCGUGUGGUGUUAAUUGCCACUUUGCUGUCCUCCCUCUACAUGUUGUACUGUGAUGGAGAGUGGUGGUUUGGUUGUAUUUCAGCGUGUGUCUUGUCUGCGCGUCAGUGUGAGGUGGGGACACGGCAAAACACCAUGCUCCUGCACCUUCCUCUUUUUGUUUGGGGGGGUGGGAACAGGUAUCAAAACCAAAAUCCAUAGUAAAACCCUACAAAGACACGCAAGCUGUCGAGAUCAAGUG